AUGCCAAUUCUAUCCUCAACCUCGCAGCUGAAUAGUAUCAUUGCUCGCAACGUAGCAAACUCAUCCCUCGUUGCACCUCAGAAUGAUACCUUGAAAGUCAUCUGUGCGUGGCCGGUCUCUGGCCAAUAUGGACCUGGCUCACGGGUUUUAUUCUAUGUUCUCAUAGCAGCAUGUGUCUUGGCUCGAAAGUCAGAAUGGCUCAGAAAUGCGACUUUAGCCGCUGCACUUCUGUUUCCUGCGGUAGCCGCUCUUCACGGGAUCGUUCUAGCUUCGGUCCAUGUUGAAGGCGCAGUUGAUAUGGACAUAUAUGGCGCAUUCCAAUUAUGUUCAAUCGGUAUCUUAGCAGCUCCUGUGGCUGUAAGACUAUCUACAACCUACUUCUAUAAAAUUUCGGGUCGCAAUAUUAUUUUCUUAUGGACUGGACUUGUGCUUGGUGGUCUGUUAAGUCUGACCAUUGAGUUUUUUCGUCUCUCUUCAUCCAAAUGUGAGUUUGAUGACGCUGGAAACCCAGUAUCGCCCGACGCAUCAAAAUUCUCUUACCAUACCACGUGUGGCCUCGUUUGUGACACAGAGCGAGGUCCAUUCUCUCCCAUCAGAGGGGGGUCCGCCAACAAUAUCUAUGUCAUCCCAGAACCCCAUAGACUGACAUUCUCGACCGCUACACUUCUAUCGGCUGCGUGCUGCAUCCCUGCUAUUCUGUCAUUGCUGUCGAUGUGGAAUAGGAUUCUGGAGAUCAACUGGACGGCCCGGUUUGGUCGUCGAGGAAAUGAAGAGGUCAUCGAUGACCAGGACAGCGCGACGAUUGGCGAGAUGAGGCGGGCUGACGGAUUCAUAAGAAAGUGGCUUCGGGCUGUAGAAAUCCCAUUGUUCUUUGGUGCAGUUCUUGCAAUUCUUGUCAUUGGAGAAAGGAACUUCUUCAGCGAACAAGUUCGAUACCAGACUGAGCCAAUAGCCAGUAUAGGCCAAUGGGCCCCCGUUGUGGGUACUGGUUUAGCAGCGAUAGGUUCUCUUUACUUGCUACUUGCGACUGAUCUGGAUAACGCGAAAGAGGAGAUCAACUCGAAUGCUUCUCUACAGCAUAGCAAUCACUCAAUGCAGCAAGUCGACACCAAUAUUUACACACCAUCGAUUCGCUCUGUGGUAACACUCAGAAUCAACGAUGAUCCCCGGAGCCCUACACACGACAUCAACAGAAACUCUGAUGAUACACCGGUGUUUCCUACAAUUAGUCAUCCAACGCCCAGCCAUCAACCUCGGAGAUCAUGGACGACAGACACAGGGAACAGGCGCAAGGUAGCUCAAGGAUUGACUGCUGUUGCUGAUUAUUUAGGGACGCCAGCCCUUGAUCGUUUCGAUGAUUCUGAAUUCAAGCAUGGGAAAGCCGUCGACUUCCCAGAAAUUCCUGGGGAAGAACACCGAAACAAGGCACUGCAUCGUAUUCGAACGCAAUACAAUCCGAGUAGGGAUGAAGACGGGAACGUUACUCCACUAGCGCGCGAACAUUUCUCUCAUUCGAGAGCACCAAGCAUAAAUGGUAGCUUCGUUUCUGGGCUCGGCAUCGAAGGUAUUUCAAUGGCUCCUAGAUCAAGCUCGCCGCAUUCAAUCCGAUCACCUCUCCGUUCAUCACCUACCGGGGAAAGUGCCAAUACUUCCCCAAUUGCGGAGCAUGGAUCGCUUGAAAGACAUGUCUCGGGGCCAUCAGCAUAUGUUGGAAGGCCGCGGCAUAGACGCGAUACCCUUGAGGUCCCUACACAAGCUCAUCCGAGUCCCACUCGGAGAAUUACGCCACCUCAAGUCAAGAGAUCCCCAGCUAUUGUUGUUUCUACAGAUCACGACGUUGCAAAUACGUCUUAUCGACCAGUGUUCGAUGAGCCGGAUCGGAUGUCGACACCACCAGCUCCGUGA